CGAAGACAGAGGGAGACUGAGAGUGAGUGGAGGAGAAUGGAGAGCAUGAACCUGCAGAGGAAACACAACUGAGACACCAAGCUGGGGCUUACCUGCACCUCCUGGACCGCUGACUGAACUCUCUGACACAGAUCUGUAGCUUUUUUUGGUGAUAACAAGAGGAGGAACCAUGGGACCUGAAACAUGGAGCCUGUUUAUUCUGUUGGGUCUGUCAUUCUGGAGCAACAGCCAAGCCCUCACCAAGAACACCAUCCUCUCCCGGAUACGAAGAGCUCCAGAGGCCAACGGAGAAGCGAAGAAGUGCUCCUACACGUUCCUGGUCCCUGAGCAGAAGAUCACAGGACCCAUCUGUGCCGCCCGAGGUUAUUCAACUGACAAGGACCGAGUGACACGUCUGGAUGUGGCUGCGGUGCGCGACCUCCUGUCAAAGCAGCGUCGGGAGAUGGAAACUCUGAAGCUGGUGGUGGAUGUGGACGGCAACUUGGUGAAUGAAAUGAAGCUGUUGAGGAAAGAGAGCAGGAACAUGAACUCCAGAGUGACCCAGCUCUACAUGCAGCUGCUGCACGAGAUCAUCAGGAAGAGGGACAACUCGCUUGAGCUAGCACAGCUGGAGACACGUAUCCUCAACGCCACCACCGAGUCCCUGCGCUUGGCCUCCAGGUACAGGGAACUGGAAGCCAAAUACGCAGCCCUGUCUGCAGUAGUGAACAACCAGUCAGUGCUGAUUGGGACACUGGAGGAACGUUGCAUGCAGGUUUACAGCCGAAGGCAUGAGCAGCCACCCUUGGGACCUCCACUUGUGCAGGUAGUGCCCGAGAACAUUCCUGUUAAUGUGCCGCGUUUUACCAAUGAGAUCCAGAGGGACAACACCCGAGGGUUUGCCCGUGAGAGGGGUUCUCGCUCCGGGCCAUCACCCACAAGCGGCACCCUGGAAGUUCAGAAACCUCCACAGAGAAACUUCAGUGCUGAAGGCCCGUUCAGAGACUGUCUCGAGGCGCAGGAAGCCGGCCACAGCACCAGCGGUAUGUACCUGAUCAAACCAGAUGAAGCCGAGAGGCCAGUGCAGGUCUGGUGUGAACAGGAUAUUGACAACGGGGGCUGGACCGUGAUCCAGACCAGGAGAGAUGGAUCCAUUAACUUCUUCAGGAACUGGGAUAACUACAAGAGCGGCUUUGGCAACAUAGACGGGGAAUACUGGCUCGGCCUGGAAGGCAUCUACAACUUGGGGAGGCAGGGGGACUACAAGCUGCUGGUGGAACUGGAAGACUGGAUGGGCAAGAAGGUCUACGCUCAGUACAGCAGCUUCCAUCUGGAGCCUGAGAGCGAGGGUUACCGCCUGCGGCUGGGCACCUACCAGGGCAACGCCGGGGACUCCCUAACCAGUCACAAUGGCAAACAGUUCACUACUCUGGAUCGAGACAAGGAUGCCUUCUCAGGUAACUGCGCCCAUUUCCAUAAAGGAGGCUGGUGGUACAACGCCUGCGGCCAAGCCAAUCUCAACGGUGUCUGGUACACCGGCGGCGUUUACCGCAGCAAAUUCCAAGACGGGAUCUUCUGGGCCGACUACGGCGGCGGCUUCUACUCUAUGAAGGCUGUCCGUAUGCUGAUCAGGCCCAUAGACUGAGGAGAUACUGUAAGCCAGGCUGGUCCAGGGGUAACUAUGGAGGCCGGGGCACACUUGAACCUUAUUCUAAAUUGUGACUGUACACAACUGGUUGAUCCUAAGAACUAAACCAUCGGAGACUACCAGCCAUCAGUCCUGACUUGAACUGCCUCCUGUAACAGACAUGGACUUGGCGUGAACAUUGUUGUUUUUGUAUCAUAAUAGAUGCACACAUAGAGGGAUUUAGGGGACAUGACUAUUUAUAGUAAACUAUACAGCUCUUUUAACCACCACAUACAUAUGACAGUAAAGGGAAAUUAAGAAUCACUGCCAAAAUUUUCCAGCUAAAUAAUGCAAGCUGCCUCUCUGAUAGAGAGACCGCAGUGUUUUCCUCAUUACUAUGUCACCCCGUGGAGAGGAGGCGGCACAUCCAAACAGGACUUUGGUUUUGAUUUCAUUCAUAAGCUUUACUGUCACAGGGUCUAAAUGUAGCUCUUCCUACCUCGCCAAGAUAAACAUGUGUGGGUGGGGGGGUGGCAUUCAUACAUGGUUUUUAACUCAUGCUAGAUUUGCUGGGAGCUGGAAAAUACAUUUUGUUAAGACCUAUAUAGAUCUAUUUAGACUCUGAUCUGAAAUGACCAACACCUGAAGGAGCUGGAAAAAGGACACCGGUUUUAAUAAUAUUUUAUGUACAUUUGAUUACACAAAUACAGUACUGAUUUUACUAUUUCUCCCUACACUUAGAAUCAUCAUUAUACUGUAUGUUAAACUACUUUGUCCAAGUGCAGAUGACCAGAAACCAUAAUUUAUGUGUACAAUUAAGUUAUCAUAACAGUGGAAAGGGCCAGGUGUCCUGAGGGAGCAGUAAAUGAUCCUACAGAAAACAGAACUAAUUUCCUCCGCUGUGUAUAUGACAAUCAUUCUCAAAGUGUGCUUGCACGUAUGGAAAAUGCUGUUAUAUGUUUUUCUCAUUUGGCUGUUGAUUAAAUUUCAGUACGACUCUGGGAAAAAUAAGCA